AUGUACUUAUGCGGAUUUGGGGUCCAACGGGAUAAGCUCAAGUGUAUCAUCUCGGAAAGUGCCCUCAAUAGGUUAUUACCGAGUCAGUCGGCUUUGCGUGAUAUCCUUCAUGAAAGUAUUCAGGUUUUGGGCGUGGCAUUCAAGUAUAUUGGUGAUAUUUUGCGAUUGCAGUGCCGAAAUCAAGAGCGACUCCAACGAGUGCAUGAGUUUGUGAUCUCUGACAAGGCCCUGAAUGCUUCUAAGAAGGAUAUCUACUCGGUUUGCGGGUUACUGGGGUUCGACCCUGCACGAUUACAUCCCGAAGCUCGCGCGGUUGCAGAUGCUCUCCGUGCUCUUAUCGGUAAACGGUUUAGUCGCGAUGAUUGGAACUGUCCUCUCGACUUUGUGUCCGAGUUCAGCGCUAAACAGUUCCAGACGUAUAUCGCGCUCCUCUCUUGGGCACGAGAAUUAGCGUCCCAACCUGACUGUGUGCACGACUCUCCCUGUAUAUCCCAGGGCAUAGAAUAUUCAUUGGUCUUAGCCUCUGAUGCUUCCCGAUCAGGUGGUGGAUUCGUUAUAAGCAAAUCCGCCAGGGGGGGCGGGCCCAACAAUGAAGCCGUCCCUCUAUGUUCGGAUGCCUUCCGUUGGUCGGCUUCUCAGCGUCUGUACCAUUCUAAUCGGCGUGAGCUUAUGGCCCUACUAGCAGGAUUGAGGGUGCUUGCUAAUGUCCUGGAACAUCUGUUCGCUCACCAUAGGGGUGGUUCUGAUUCGUGUCGUUUACCCACGGGUGUGGUAAUUCUCUCCGAUAACCGAGCGUGCGUGGCCUGGGCGGCAGAGGAUGCGGUUUCUCUCUUUGGUCAGAAGAAGGCGAUCGAAAAGCGAGCUCUGGGUCGACUAGUCCUCGCUCUCGCCGAGGAGCUGAAGCUUAUCAGGCGUCGCGUUCCGGUCAACGUAAGCCACAUCAAAGGGAGUCUGAAUGCCGAAGCGGAUCGUUUGUCUCGCCUUUUUGACCGAACACUUCGAGGUGGUAUUUCCAUCGGCGAUUCCCUGGUGGGUCAAGAGAAUCCCGACGCUCCAUCGUGGCCAACAGAUGAUGAUCACGAUGACUUAAUGUAUCUGGAGGUCGAUGACCCCGAGUUCAAUCAUUAUGACGAGGUGACCGGUGACGAUCUAACUCCUUAUGACAUUAUCGAUCGAGUCCGUCUCUUCGCCUCUUGUACUAUUGAAAACUCUUCUCUCAAUGUUCGAGCGGAUGUUAUAUCCGUCAUCGACCCUCCGGGGACGUCUCCUUUAAUUGAUCACAUCUCUCGUGACAGUUAUGAUUCAGUAUCGGUGUAUAACACUGUGAAAGCUAUGAGGUUCAUUUUCCGCCUGCUCCACACUCAUUCACGGGGCGACGGAGCCUUACAGCAGCUGUCCUAUCCUUAUGUCCCAGAUUCUUCUGAUAUUCGGGCGGUGGUUCAUGCACUACAGUUCCGGGAUCCCGAGUGCGCGAAGAUUCGAGGUGGUCGUGGCUCCUCUUGUGGUCCCUAUGUCUGUGAUGGUGAUGGGCUAGUCGUCUUUCGGUCGGGCGGAAAGUUCUCCUGGACGGACAUCGGCAAAGCUGCCAUCAAGGCAUUCGCCCUUCUUUAUCCUAUAUUACCGACUUCUUUUUGCCUCGGAGUACGAGAGAUAUGA